CCAACGAAGAAGUCGUUACAAUACAAAUCAUUAGAAUCCUUUAAAUAUUUACGGUAUGAUAUCAGAUCAGUACAGCAAGUGCACUCCUUGCCUCGGCUGCACUUCAAUUACCUUAUCAUUAUAUCCUAGACCCUAAGGUUUAAGGAAACAUUACCCAUUUAUAUAAACAUUCGGUAAAGUGUCGUUAUUCAGAUAAGUGGUUGCUGUCGUCAAAAUGUGUCGUUUGAUUGAUGUGCUCGUUUUGAUUGUACUGUAUUUGGAUUUUGGAUUGUGCUAUGUCAAUUUGGCAGACGUAGAAUGCGGUCUAGUAAACAGUCGCAGUGCAAGAAUAGUAGGCGGCAGUGACAGUCUUCCUGCUGAGUUCCCCUGGGCGGCCAGUAUAUGGAGACAAGGGACGCACCAGUGUGGAGCCACCGUCCUCAAUGACAGAUGGUUGCUCACUGCUGGACAUUGCAUUUGCAGUGUGUUCGAUGAGUUCUACAAGUCUAAGCAGUUGUCCGUCGUCGUUGGCUACACUGAUAUUUCAGCUGGUGAUCAGAACGAGAAGCUUGCUAAGAUUAUACCCCAUCCAGAGUACAGGUGUAAGAAGAAGACAAAUGACGUAGCCCUCCUGAAGACAAUCCGUCAGCUACGAUGGACGAAUGAGCUCCGUCCAGCAUGCUUGCCCCAGCCUCUCGCCGCUGAUUACAGCGGCAAGAUGGCUACCGUAGCUGGAUGGGGAUUCACUAAUGAGGACAGGGGAAUAGGAACAAGACCAAAUAUUUUGCAAAAGACUGAUGUAGUUGUAGUGGAAAACAAUGAAUGCAACAAUUGGUAUGAAUCACAGGGAAGCAAAGUAAGGAUCAGCCCAACUCAAAUGUGCGCGGGACACGAAACUGGUGGACGGGACUCCUGUUGGGCUGACAGCGGUGGUCCUCUAAUGGUGAAAGGAGACAAAGGCCAUUCCACGAUCAUUGGUGUAGUUUCAACUGGAAGCGGGUGUGCUAGGGCCAAGAUGCCCGGAAUAUACACCAGGGUGUCCAAAUUCACCGAAUGGAUUGUUUCCAGUGUCAACGAGGAUAGUGCAAGAUCUGGAUUCGGCUGGCUUUUGAGAAGAGGCUAAUGGUUUAUAAAUCGUGUUUCAAGAGUGGAAAUUUUUACCCCCACGCCAAACAAGAUGUUCAAAAACCACAAAAACCGCCAAAACUUUGAGUGUUAGUAAAAUAUGUCACACACGCCUCGCAGAUUUACUUUUUCAAAAAGUUUUUGUAGCUCUGGCCUCUGGCGGGUUUUGUUGGUCUGCAGCUGAAUGCGAUUUCGUUUAAAAUUACUACAGAACCCUGAUUCUUCAUAACGUUCAAAUCGUAUCUAACUGGUUACAGUAUUUUUGAGUUUCUAAUUUUUAAAUUCUUGUCCAUUUGAUGCCGUAUACUGCACUUAUUGUAGUUACAAAUAAAUACGUUUUUUUUUAUUGAAUACGAGUUGACAGCAAUCUCACCUGGUGGUAAGUGAUGAUGCAGUCUA